AUGGUUCAGAUCAGUGAAGUCAAGGGCAAUUCGCGCGACAACAGAACAGCUGCCCACACACACAUCAAGGGCCUGGGGUUACGUUCGGAUGGAUCUGCAGAGACCUCCGGUGAUGGAUGGGUUGGACAGGCGUCUGCCCGAGAGGCUUCUGGUGUUGUGGUGGACUUGAUUAAGGCGAAGAAAAUGGCAGGCCGGGCUGUACUUCUUGCGGGUGGCCCAGGGACUGGAAAGACUGCUCUUGCGCUGUCUGUGUCUCAGGAGCUGGGGACGAAGGUUCCAUUCUGCCCAAUUGUUGGCAGUGAGAUCUACUCUGCUGAGGUCAAGAAAACUGAAGCCCUUAUGGAGAACUUCCGGAGAGCGAUUGGUCUGCGUGUGCGGGAAACAAAGGAGGUAUACGAAGGUGAAGUCACAGAACUCACACCCCAGGAGGCAGAGAAUCCACUAGGAGGAUAUGGCCGCACAAUCAGCCAUUUGAUUAUUGGGCUGAAGUCCGCAAAGGGAACUAAGAAGCUGCGCCUGGACCCAAGUAUCUACGAAGCCAUCCAAAAAGAGCGCGUCACUGUUGGAGACGUCAUCUACAUCGAAGCGAACACCGGAGCCUGCAAGCGAGUGGGUCGAUCUGACGCUUAUGCGACUGAAUUUGACCUCGAAGCCGAGGAGUACGUUCCGGUGCCAAAGGGCGAGGUUCACAAAAAGAAGGAAAUUGUGCAGGAUGUGACACUGCAUGACCUGGACAUUGCUAACGCUCGGCCGCAAGGAGGCCAAGACGUCAUGAGCAUGAUGGGACAGCUCAUGAAGCCAAAGAAGACCGAGAUCACGGACAAACUGCGGCAGGAGAUCAACAAGGUAGUGAACCGCUACAUCGAUCAGGGUGUUGCAGAGCUGGUUCCCGGUGUCCUAUUCAUUGAUGAAGUCCAUAUGCUGGACAUCGAAUGUUUCACAUAUCUCAACCGAGCCCUAGAAUCCUCGAUAUCCCCCAUUGUCAUCCUCGCCUCAAAUCGCGGCCACACCGUCAUCCGCGGCACCGACGACAUUGCUGCCGCACACGGUAUCCCCCCCGAUCUUCUCGCUCGUCUACUCAUCAUCCCCACCCACCCGUACUCCCCCGACGAAAUUAAGACUAUCAUCCGUCUCCGCGCCAAGACAGAAGGGCUCAACAUCACCGAUCCCGCUCUUGAAAAGGUUUCCGAGCACGGCAGCAAAGUUAGUCUGCGUUAUGCCCUACAACUCCUAACGCCAGCCAGCAUCCUUGCGCGAGUUAAUGGGCGACCUGGAGGAAUUGAGGAGGCAGAUGUGGCUGAAUGCGAGGACCUUUUCCUGGAUGCGAAGCGGAGUGCAGUGAUCGUGAGCCAGGACAGCGAAAAGUUCCUUUAA